AUGCAGCAUAAAAUGGAAGCAUCGCAAAAACUUGAUUUUACUUGGGUGAGGAAGACAUGGAGUUUUCCAGCUUCUCAAGUGGGACCGAACGUGCUGUCAAGACUUGGCAAACGCUCCUCAGAGAUGGCAAAACUUCUUGAACAAUUAUAUACGGUGGCACAAAUUGAGGGUCUGGAUAAAAAAGGGAGUAAUCUGACUGCUACACAAAAGGAAGCAUCGCAAAAACUAGGAUUUUACUUGGGUGAGGAAGACAUGGAGUUUUCCAGCUUCUCAAGCGGGACCGAACGUGCUGUCAAGACUUGGCAAGCCUCCUUAGACGCCCCUCAAGAUGGCAUAGUGACUGCAGAACUUCUUGAACAAUUAUAUACGGUGGCACAAAUUGAGGGUUUGGAUAACAAAGGGAGUACUCUGACUGCUACACAAAAGGUAUAG